CACCUUACUGAAUUAAUCAAUUAAAUUAACCGCGAAGGGAAAAAAGCAAGUGUCUGAAAAAUCCAUUUUUCUCUUCUCUUUCACUCUCACUCUACAAUUAAUUUUUUUGGGUCAAACAAAUGGGUGGCGGACACGACGACACCACCACCGAAAGCAGCGAUUUCACCUCCGAAGACGAAGGCACAGAAGAUUACCGACGCGGUGGCUACCACGCCGUUCGAAUCGGCGACACUUUCAGCUCCGGUCGUUAUGUCGUUCAGAGCAAGCUUGGUUGGGGCCAUUUCUCCACUGUUUGGCUCGCUUGGGAUUCCCAUCAUUCUAGAUACGUUGCUUUGAAAGUUCAGAAGAGUGCUCAGCAUUACACCGAGGCUGCUCUGGAUGAGAUAACGAUUUUGCAACAGAUUGCGGAGGGAGACACUGAUGAUAAAAAAUGUGUGGUCAAGCUUUUAGAUCAUUUCAAGCAUUCUGGUCCAAAUGGACAGCAUGUUUGUAUGGUUUUUGAGUACCUAGGGGAUAACCUCUUAACUCUUAUUAAGUAUAGUGAUUAUCGCGGAAUGCCUAUCAAUAUGGUUAAAGAGAUAUGCUUUCAUAUUUUGGUUGGAUUGGAUUACUUACAUAAGCAGCUUUCUAUCAUACAUACCGACUUAAAACCCGAAAAUAUCCUUCUCUUAUCAACAAUUGACCCGUCUAAGGAUCCUAGAAAAUCUGGUGCUCCUCUCAUUCUUCCUAAUAGUAAAGACAAGACUAUGCUGGAGUCAACGGCUGCAAGAGACACAAAAACAUCAAAUGGAGAUUUUAUUAAGAAUCAUAAGAAAAAUAUUAAGAGAAAAGCCAAGCAAGCAGCUCAUGGAUGUGCUGAGAAGGAGGCAUCUGAAGGAGUUGAUGGUAAUCAUGAAACCUCUGGUGCUGUAGAAUCAUCUCCGAAUGCAAGUUCUGCAAGAGAACAAGCUUCUAGUUCUGCUGGCACUAGUAGGUUAUCGGAUGCGGAUGGAAUGAAGUUAAAAGAGCAGGGCAACAGAAGAGGAAGCCGCACAGUGAGACAGAAACUGCUUGCCUCAGCUGAUGUCAAGUGCAAGUUAGUUGACUUUGGUAACGCUUGCUGGACAUAUAAACAGUUUACAAAUGAUAUUCAGACAAGACAGUAUCGGUGCCCAGAGGUUAUCCUUGGAUCAAAAUAUUCUACAUCUGCAGAUCUUUGGUCAUUUGCUUGCAUAUGUUUUGAGCUUGCAACUGGAGACGUAUUAUUUGAUCCUCAUAGCGGGGACAACUUUGACAGGGACGAGGACCACUUAGCAUUAAUGAUGGAACUUCUUGGAAUGAUGCCGCGUAAGAUCGCACUAGGGGGGCGUUAUUCCCGGGAUUUCUUCAAUAGAUAUGGCGAUUUGAGACAUAUCCGUCGGUUGCGAUUCUGGCCCUUAAAUAAAGUGCUUAUGGAGAAGUACGAUUUUAGUGAGAAAGAUGCAAGUGACAUGAGUGACUUCUUGGUUUCUAUCCUUGACUUUGUUCCUGAGAAAAGACCUACAGCCGGUCAAUGCCUGCUACAUCCGUGGAUGAAUGCAGGUCCCCGUCUUUUGGAGCCAUCAGUGCCUUCUUCUAAUCACAACCCUGGUGCUGAAACUGCUAACUCUGACCAGAAGAACAAGGACAAAGAUGAGAGGGAGGCCAUGGAGGCUGGAAUUGGAAACAUUGCUAUCAAUUCAGAUUCUAAACCACUCAUGCAUUCUCCAUCAAAGAAAGUAUUCCAAGGAAGCCGCAAGUAGUUCAUCUUGAUAGAGCUCUCCUAGGUGACUGACUGUAUUUAUGUUCGACGCGUGCCCAAAUGAUGUUCGUGUGAAUUGUUUCCAGGGCUUGUUUUCAGAAAUGCUGGAUUGGAUGGGGUUGUGCUUGUUUAAAGCUAGGGGCCAGCUAGUUCCUUUGUGUCUGCCAGACAACACAAUAAGGAUACAACAUGAGCUCUUACCAUUAAGAAUACAAUUAUGAUAUAUCCUGUUAAUUGUUUCUCAUGUCAAAGAUGAUGAUGGCCUUUGUUCCUUGUUAGCAUUGACUUGUUUGUGAACAGUUGUUCAUUGUCAUGUAUGUACUCUUGUGCCGAAUGAUAUUCUUGAUAUACGAAAACAUUGCUGACAUGCUCUGAAUUAUUCUUCA